CAUUCAUAAGUCAUAACAUUCUUAAAACUUCAAAAAAAAGAAAAAAAAAAGAAAAAAUGGAAGCACAAUAUUGUGGUCAUGUUCUGUUGCUACCAUACCCGGCACAGGGCCACAUUAAUCCUCUGCUGCAAUUCGCUAAACGUUUAGCCUCCAAAGGCGUUAAGGCCACCAUAGCCACCACCACCUACACCGUGCAAUCCAUCCACGCCGCCGCCGUCACGGUGGAGCCAAUCUCCGACGGCUUCGACGACGGCGGCUUCAGCCAGGCCCAGAAAGUGGACGUCUACCUCAAUUCCUUCGAACAAAACGGCUCCAAGACCCUGUCCAAGGUCAUAGCCAAGUACGAGGAUUCGGCGUGUCCGGUGAACUGUGUCGUCUACGACGCGUUCUUCCCGUGGGCCCUGGACGUGGCGAGGCGGCACGGCGUACACGGCGCGGCGUUCUUUACCAACUCUGCCGCCGUUUGCGCCGUUUUCGCGCAUAUCCACUGCGGCAGCCUCGAGCUGCCGGUGGAGAUUGAGGAGAACGGGGCGGCGUUGGUGCUGCCGGGGAUUCCGCCGCUGUAUGGGCCGGAUAUCCCCAGCUUUAUCACGGCGCCGGAUAGUUAUCCGGCGUACUUGGCUAUGAAGAUGAGACAGUUCUCCAACGUGGGAAAUGCUGAUUGGAUAUUUGCCAACACUUAUCAAGAAUUGGAAUCCGAGGUGGUGGCAGGGGUGUCAAAAGUUUGGCCUGCCAAACUAAUUGGGCCAAUGGUACCUUCAUCAUACUUAGAUGGCAGGAUUGAAGGAGACAAGGGUUAUGGUGCAAGUCUAUGGAAACCCCUUGGUGAAGAAUGCCUCAAAUGGCUGAAAUCAAAGCCAAAUCAAUCGGUAGUCUAUAUUUCAUUUGGAAGCAUGGUGUCACUAUCCACUAAACAAAUGGAUGAAAUAGCUUGGGCCUUGAUAGCCUCAGAGUUGAACUUCCUUUGGGUUGUGAGGGAAUCUGAGCGGAGCAAACUGCCCCAAGGGUUCGUAGACUCUGCGCGAGGAAAAGGGCUGGUUGUUUCGUGGUGCAAUCAGCUCGAAAUGCUGGCACAUCCUGCCAUCGGGUGUUUCGUGACGCACUGUGGGUGGAACUCGACUUUAGAACUACUUAGCCUCGGUGUCCCUACUGUUGCGAUGCCGCAGUGGUCUGAUCAGUUUACUGACGCGAAAUUCAUCGAGGAGAUAUGGAAGGUCGGAGUUAGGCCUAAGUUGGACAAGUAUGGGAUUGUGAAUAGGGAAGAGCUUGUGUUUUGUCUGAAAGAAGUGAUGGAAGGGGAGAUGAGUGAAGAGAUAAAGAGGAAUGCAAGAAAGUGGAGGGAGUUGGCUAAGGGUGCGGUUAGUGAAGGAGGAAGCUCGGACAAGGCUAUCAAUGAGUUUGUGGAGCAUUUGAAAUGUUCUAAAAUUGGUAAACAAUUAAAACAAAUACUUAUCGAGUAAAAUAAAGUGGCUGGUUUUAUAGCUAGGCUUAGCUGUGAUUAAAGCGUGAAUUUUAAGGUGUUAAAAGACCAAUUCCUUCGUCACUUUUUCAAGUAUUGAAUGAAGAUGCUCAUGGUAUCUCUUGAAGGAGGGAAAUGCUUAUUAACAUAGAUUAAAAUUUUGUUAGAAGUUUGUUUAGUCAAUUAUUUAGCUUGAAAGACCACCUUCAGUUGUAAACUGCUUAAAAUAAUUUUAAUGGGAAAUUACAUGUCCA